CACAAAAUCAUAUACAGGUUUUUGGAAUAUAACAAAAAAAAAAAUAUAUAAAUAAAUAAAAUACAUUUAAAUGAAUAACAUUCUAAAUAAACAAUAAAAACAAAAAAAAUAUACAGAUCAGAAUCUACUGGAUUUCGGCUCAAGUAUAAAAGGAAGUUAACAGUAUAAUAAUUAAUUCAAUAUUAAAACAGGAGUGAAGUGAUUCAAAUAACGGUGAAAUUUUUCUGAAAAAAAAAACAAAUUCGGAAAUGUAUAAAUCACUGUGUUUAGUUGUGGUUUUCAGUAUAGCAGCUGUUUUGGGAGAUUUUCCUGCUGCUAUAACAAGAUGUCAGAGUGGUGAUAACGGCUGUCUAACCCGUGCCACUCAAGAAGUUUUGAAUACAUAUCCAGGUGGUUUACGUGAAUUGAAUCUUUUACCUUUCGAUCCAUUGCGUGUAAAUAGUUUGGCUUUGGAUAGAAAUCCUUCAAGUCCAGUUAAUCUAGAAUUGAAAUUUAAAGAUCUUGAUUUGCUUGGCAUGAAAACGGCUCAAGUGAAAGCCGUCAAAGGUUUCAAUUUUAAAGAACGCAGCGUGAUUGAUGCUUUAGUGCCAGAAUUUGUUUUGAAAGGAAAAUAUAAUGCCGAUGGACGUGUCUUGAUUUUGCCCAUUGUAGGAAAUGGUGAUGCUUUGAUUAUUUGCAAAAAUCUUCAGCUCAAAUACUCCUUCGACUUAAAACCUGUCGAGAAAAAUGGUCAAACUUUUGCCGAAUUAGAACAUGUAAAAUUAGAAUUUAAACCACAACUUGUACAAUUCAAAUUAGAUAAUCUCUUUAAUGGCGACAAAGCUUUGGGCGAUAAUAUGAACAAAUUCUUAAAUGAAAAUUGGCAAGAUAUUUAUAAUGAAUUGGAACCAGGUUUUGCCAAGGCACUAAGUUUAGUGGCCAAACAAGUGAUAAAUAAUGUUUUAAGCAAAUUUCCCUAUAAUGAAUUAUUUCCUUAAUUUAAUAGUUUAGGUUUAUUUGUUUAUAUUUGAAUUAUAUCUUUUUUUUAAUAUUAAUUUGUUAUAAUAAAAUAAUUUUUUUAUAAAUUA